GCGUAACCGACGAGCGUAGCGACAAAGACAGCGAGCCCGAAGUCUAUGGGGAAGGAAUAAAAAAAGAAAUUCAGUACCGUCGCACUCCUAGCUAAAACACCCUCAUUUUUGGGAAGAACUAACUGUCCCGUGUGUUAGCAAGUAUUUUACCGGCAGAGAGGAGCUUUAGAGCGGAGUGUGUGAGGGUCGGUGAGGAAAACCGUGGCAGCUGCGGGUUUUCCGUUGGACGGUCUGUAGCUCUGACUGUAGCGAGGAGCCGCCAUGGCCGUCGGAUCAGCGAGUCUCCAUAUCGGGAUAUGAACAGGAGCUGCAUGUGGCUGAAAACGCCGAGGAAAGGCCUUCAUUUACCUUUGGAAGUGCAGUUUGACCAUUUUUUCCUAAGGAGUCUUCCUUCGUUUUUGUAAAUCACAGCCCAAAGUGAGGAGAAUAUUGACUGUGAUCUGGGGGGCUACAGGGAGAGGCGGAGGCCAGAUUCAUGACUAUUUUAGACGGAGACGUGUCUUCAAAGGCCUGCUGAAAGCUAACUGGGAAUACAACCGGCAUAAACGAUGCUCUGACUGACUGUCUGUGAGAAAACGUUUUAUUGGGUGAAAGCAGGACCGUGGGACAGUGCCAGACUGUAGCUUUGUGCCUGGCAUCUUUGGUGUAUUACAGCUACAUUCAUCCACAGUCAUCCUUUUUGGAUGAGAAGGUUUGGCGAAAAGACCUGCCCAGCCAUUUAGCAAGUCAUAGUGUCCAGGACCAGAGUGUCAGCGGGAUUGGAUCAUGUCGGGUCGGCCCAGGACCACAUCCUUCGCAGAGAGCUGCAAACCAGUGCCGCAGCCCUCUGCUUUCGGCAGCAUGAAAGUCAGCAGGGAUAAAGAUGGCAGUAAAGUAACAACAGUGGUGGCGACCCCAGGCCAAGGCCCUGAUCGGCCACAGGAAGUGAGCUACACAGACACCAAAGUCAUUGGCAAUGGGUCUUUUGGAGUCGUCUACCAGGCCAAGCUGUGUGACUCUGGAGAGAUGGUGGCCAUCAAGAAAGUCCUACAAGACAAGAGGUUUAAG